CUAAAGUGGAAGGGUUUACUUUACAGUUUCAUUUACUGUGCACUUACAAUGACUGCUCGAGAGAAUGACAGAACACAACACAAAGAAACAGAAGAACAUUUUUUCAAGUCGAACGCUGUAAAAAUGAUUCAUGAAAUGUCGAAACUGAGCAGAGAGAUUCAAGAAGAUUCAAGAAGUGCACUGAUUGAUGAGAUGCUUCACAGCAUCUUUUUUCUGGGAAAAAUCUUGAAAGAUUUUUCUCCAGAGGACAUCAUAGCUGACAAGGAGAUGUUGGAAAACUUAAACACAUACUAUCCCAGGCCUUUUCGAUGCUAUCAGACUCAUUUUCCCAGGCGGAGUCCGUUCUCCUGUGUGCUUGACAUGAUCGUCCUGCACAAAAAUCCUGAAAAUGAAGAACAAAUAAAGCAGAGUCUACAACGUUUUGCUAGAGGCUUGGACCCAGAGUAUCUGGUCUCCUCCACCAUCUGCAUUUCUCAGAAAUCCAAAACCGACCAAAAUUCAAAGAGGUACUACGGAGUCUCCAUGUCUACCAAAGGUCCUAACACGGGGCAAAUUGUGAUUGCUGCCUCCUGUCUUAACAAUUGGCACGAAUAUGUAUCUGGUGCAGUGAUGACCUAUUAUCCAGAAAUGGAUAAGAAAAAUUACUUUGAUGGAACCAUUAAAGUACCUAAAAAUAUCAGGUGUGAAGCGUUUGACAUCAGGAGUGGAAAUAAAAAAGAUCCUUGCAGAUCAUGUCACAAUUUGUUUGGCUUGAACACAGAACAAAUCAAAGAGUGGGAUUAUGGUAAUUGUGCUGAAGCUGAGAGCCUGAGCAACUUGCUUAAAAAUGAGGAAGAAGUUAAAAAAAAAACAAAUGUGAAUAAAUACUCAGCUGAAAACAGGAAGAAAGCAGAGAAAGAGGUUCAUGACAAUCUUAUGGAUGUGUUAAAAAGGAAUCGAGACAAAAAUACACAAAGAAAAGGAUUUGAGAAACACCUAAAAAUUUACAACCCAGAGUCAGAGUGAGAUUUCAUGAAAUCAUCUGCUUGAGGUGACCUGACAUAUCUGCUUUGAUCUGUUUCUGAUGAAUAAAAGAUGGUCUGCUCUUACAGUAUGAAUGUGGAUUUUUUUGUAAUGACACACACACACUAACACUAGCGUGCUCAAACUUUUUUUACUCUUCAGCUCUGUGUAAUGUACUAGUUACACUCUAACGUUGGGUUGUACUCAGUGGUUGAGAGGAGUGGUAGAAACACUUAGCAGGAUAGUUGGGAAAAUACACAAUCACACUGGAACUGGGAAUUCCACAGCGUUAUCCUUUAAUGCACCUUCUCUUUGUCAACCUUACAAGGUGUGGUUGAAUGGCUGCUGCUUAUCAAACAUGACACACAGUGUUCAUACAACCCAUUACGUUGCAAAAGUUACUAAACAGGUCAAACAUGUAAAGUCUUUCUCUCUCCAUGCACUCGCAUGCAAGCAUGUUGUUCACAUACUCCACAGAGAGGGCAGUGGCACAUACUAAUGAUAUCAUCAACCCUUGACUUAGGUUGUCUUAAAGAGACACCACACACCGACACGGUGAAUGUCUAUUUGGACAAAUGUUGCUUAACAAAAAUAAACUGAGAAUAAUAGAGAAUAAUACAGAAUGAAAUUCCCUUUAGUAGUAAUAUACCUGUGGCUUUUUUGCCUAGCCACACCUAGCACUGUAUGAACCCCCAAUGUUCCUUUAAUGCAACUAGCCCUACAAUUAUCUACUAGUCACAAACACACUGCAACAGUAAGACUCAAUGAUUACACAUAGUUGAUUUAACUGCUUUAGGGGCAUUUCACAUUCUUAUGCGCUCUGAAAGAGACAGAGGCUACUAGUUUUUAAAUAGAGCACCACAAACAACAUGUAUUCCUUUAGAAAUAAACUUUUCUUGUGAUACUUCUAA